GACCAUACACUCUCUAACACACACACACACACACACACUGUGUCGCUGUGGUUGUGAGGGGACUGUAGUGCUUUCACUACAGCUGAGGUGAUGCAGGUCGUCCGGGAGCAGAUCACCAGGACUCUGUCCAGCAAACCCACGUCUCUAGAGCUCUUCAAGAAUAAGGUGAACGCACUGAACUACAGCGAGAUCCUCAAACUGAGACAGACGGAGAGACUCCACCAGGAAGAGACGCUUGCUCCACCUGUGCUUGAGCUGAAGGAACGUCUGAAGCCAGAGCUUCUGGAGCUCAUCCGACAGCAGAGACUGAACCGUCUGUGUCACGGAACGCUCUUCCGGAAGAUCAGCAGCCGACGGAGGCAAGACAAGCUGUGGUAUUGUCGGCUCUCUCCUAAUCACAAAGUCCUGCACUAUGGAGAUGUGGAAGGGGAGAAGGAAACGCCCUCCAUUGAGGCUCUUCAGGAAAAGAUUCCUGUCGCAGAUAUCAAGAAUGUGGUAACGGGGAAAGACUGUCCUCACAUGAAGGAGAACAAGGGAAAACAGACUAAGCUGCUGGAGGAGCUUUUCUGCAUCUGCAUUCAGCUCCUCAACAAGACGUGGAAGGAGAUGAGAGCCACGCAGGAGGACUUUGAUAAGGUGAUGCAGGUCGUCCGGGAGCAGAUCACCAGGACUCUGUCCAGCAAACCCACGUCUCUAGAGCUCUUCAAGAAUAAGGUGAACGCACUGAACUACAGCGAGAUCCUCAAACUGAGACAGACGGAGAGACUCCACCAGGAAGAGACGCUUGCUCCACCUGUGCUUGAGCUGAAGGAACGUCUGAAGCCAGAGCUUCUGGAGCUCAUCCGACAGCAGAGACUGAACCGUCUGUGUCACGGAACGCUCUUCCGGAAGAUCAGCAGCCGACGGAGGCAAGACAAGCUGUGGUAUUGUCGGCUCUCUCCUAAUCACAAAGUCCUGCACUAUGGAGAUGUGGAAGGGGAGAAGGAAACGCCCUCCAUUGAGGCUCUUCAGGAAAAGAUUCCUGUCGCAGAUAUCAAGAAUGUGGUAACGGGGAAAGACUGUCCUCACAUGAAGGAGAACAAGGGAAAACAGACUAAGGAAGUGUUGGACUUGGCUUUCAGCAUCACAUACGAUGUUGAAGAGUAUAGCUUGAACUUCAUCGCCUCUUCCAGAACAGAUUUCUGUCUAUGGACUGACGGCCUCAAUGUGCUCCUGGGUAAAGAGAUGAGCAGCGAGAGCAUGCGCAGCGAACUAGAGAUUCUCCUCUCUAUGGAAAUCAAGCUCCGCCUCCUGGACCUGGAAAACGUCCCAAUCCCAGACACGGCACCGCCAAUCCCCAAACCACCCAGCAACUUCAACUUCUGCUACGACUUCAGCCAAGCCGAACAAUAACACCAGCCAUAAGCGUGUGGUCAGCAGCGGUUACUGCAUUGCUAUGACAGCAAUGGAAACGACUGGAAAUGGCCACUUGGUGGCAGCAGAAAUGCAGGUUUUGGAUUGGGAGACAUUUGAUAGUAUUACAGGGCUUGAAAUGAGAGAGAGAGAGAGCACUUUGUGAUAGUGUUUAUCUGUGGUGCUGUGCUGUAAUAUAAGUGCCUGCAGUGAAUAAGACGGUCUUGCGUUGAGUGUGUUUAUUAGUUAAAGGCCUGACGUGUUGUAUCUAACGUGCCUUUUUUGUCGAAUCUCAUAUAAUAGACCUGACUGAAAUUCUCAGGUUUGAACGCACACUUUUUGUGGUACUUUUUCCCCUUUUUGACUUGUUUAGCUUCUACCAAAAUUGUACUUAAAGGCAUUACAUCAAGCAGCUUAUUUGGAAGGGGGGGAAAAAUCAAGUAUAUGUUAUAAACAUUUGUGCUUAAUGUUGGCAUCCUUAUUCAUUCCCUUCAUGAGACUCAAAAUGGUACUCAUCUAGUACGAUGUUAUACAGUUUAACGUUUAUUACAAUCGCUAAUUAAUAGUUUAUCAUGGAAAGAGCACUGAUGUGCCUGGAACAUUUCAUGUUUCUGUUUAUACUAAUGCACGGAUGGCAUUAUUGCAUUGGCAGCAUUUUCAGUCUGUUGCAUUAUAAGGUGCACAUUAAAGGUCAGUGUGCUGGAUUAAAUAGGUGAUCAACAAAUUUGGUACUGAAGUGGCAUUAAGUUCCAUAUGGAAAAUGGUUGGGAGAUAUUUUGUGGUGUUAGAGGAGUAGUUUGGCCAAGUGAUUUGGACUAUCUUUGAAUAUUAUCGGUGUGAUUUGAUACUUUCAGCUUCGUCACAUAAUCAUAUUUUCAAUUUACUUGAUGUAUAUAACUUCACAUUUGAUUUUGGUCCAACUGCUCCAUUUUGAAAUAGCCAGUUUCCCUUCAGUUCAAAAAUCCACUAGCCAUUGUAGGACUUUACAUCAGUGUUUUUUGUUUCUGUUUUAAAAAAGAUUGUGUUCUUUUAUCUGAUUUCAUCCACCGACUGUUUUGGCUAAAGAGCUAAAUGUGGUUUUAUCACCACAUAACAAGCACUUUACAUAGUAUGUUGAUUUAUAAUGCAUACCAUGUAUCAAGAUAAAAAAUAUAUCAUUCAAAUAUUCUGUGGUGCCAUUGUAAAGUGCAUUAAUGGAGCUGACAACUUUAAUGUGUGGAAAAUCUGCAGGAUUUAUAUAAACCGCUGAUUUUGUUCUUUUGUGGUUUUCACAUCUAGCAAAAUAAUUUCUUGAUCUAGCAAAAUAAUCCAUGUACUGUAUUGUUUUGUAUAUAGCUUUCCUUGUUAAACUUCUGGUUUUGCGUAACAAUCUUGACCAGCGAUGUGGCCACUUUACCAGCUGACAAUGGUACGUGAUAUUAAUUCAAGAUUUGUUUUCCUUUGUAUGGAAUAAAGAAUAUCUAUUAUUA